AUGCCAAACAUCUAAAUUUUAUGGCACACAGGGGUGGUUGUGCAUGCCUCAGGACUACGAUACCACGCAUCUCACUAUUCAUCUCUGGCAGGAUGACUACGACAGACACGAUGGACCUGGUCGCUGACGACGACAUUGAUACAGAAACGUUGCAGGCCAAAAUCAAUAUGUCCAUGUCAUUUGCGGAAGAUCUAGUCUCAUCCUGGAUAAAGCCCGCACAUAAAGCUAAUCUCAGCAAAAGCGCGGUAGACGCCCAAAAGUUACUCGAUGAGCAACUAAGAAGACCUCCCAGACUCGGUGUUGGUGCUCCGAUACCCGAAUCCUCUGUAACGGCUCGUGACGCUGCGCGUCUGAAGCAUCGGUUGAUGGGGAAAGGAAAGAAGCGCGCCACUGAAGAUGAUAAUACCCCAAAACCGGAGCAUUCAGAAGACGAAGAAAGAAGGGGAGGGACAAUUAGAAAGAAACCGAAACUUGAUCCGUUCGUAGGAAGAUCAAAGGCGAAAGCGAAAAUUGUUGUGAACCCUGCCACGCAAUUAACCCAUAAUCCUAAUCGACAAGCGCACUGUGGGGAUAGCAAGACCGGGGAUGAUAAUUUGGAACAGGGUCGUGAGGGUCAUUCCAUGUCUUCUUCGCUUGGAGCGACUCAAAUUAACACAGAUUUGUCUGCGAAAAAGAGGGAGAAGAAACGGCGGAGGCAUGCUACUGGCAUGGAAGCAAGCAUGAGCUUCCAAGAGCUGGCGAUCCCCCAUUACCAGCCUAUCAUUACCAGCCCAGAUCGAUCCGGCAAUCAAAGUCUUCCUGUUAAUCCACCUCCCCUCGGUAGCGAAUCGUCUUCCGUUUCAUUUUCGAUAUCCGGUCCAUUUUCAAUGUCUACUUUGCAAACAGAGUUGAAACGGGAUGGCGAAUUGAAUGUCCCGGAUACGUCCACUCAAUUGACUGCACCACCUACGGAAGCUUCGCGUUUAACGGUCCCGCUGCUGAACCUUGACGGUCCGCCGGAGCGAGGAGAUGGAUCCGGUAAGGAUGACAACCCGGACAGUCCCAAGAAGAAGCGCAAAAGACGCAAAAAAAAGAAGCAUCCUUUUCAAAUUUGACGGUUAAUCUCGAUCAUACACUUCGUAAUUGCCCAUGCAGAUCUAUGUCUUAUAUCCACGUGUAUCAUAUCUCAUCUUUCCAUUUGAGCAGAAUACUAUGCCAAGGACCCGAUGCUGUUAUGUCCUGGCGAUUCAUUGCAU